AUGCUGAAAUUUAUUAUUCAUGAUGAUGAAGAUGAUGAUGAUGACGAUGAUGAUGACGAUGAUGAAUAUGAUGAUUUGGAUGAGGAUGAUGAUGAUGACGAUGAUGAAGAUGAUGAUGAAGAUGAUGAUGAUGAUGAUGAUGAUGAUGAUGAUGAUGUAGAUAAUGAUGAUGGUGAUGCACAUCAUGAUGAUGAUGAUGAUGAUGAUGAUGAUGAUGAUGAUGAUGAUGAUGAUGAUGAUGAUGUUGAAGUUGAUGAGGAUGAUUAUGCUGAAAUUUAUUAUUCAUGA